ACAGAUGUUAAUGAAUGUGCGAGUCCAGACACAAACGGAUGUGAUCGUAAUGCUCUGUGCACCAACAUUGAAGGAUCUUAUAUCUGUCGCUGUCUCAAGGGAUAUCAAGGAAAUGGCCGCUUUUGCGCAGGUAAGGACAUUCACUAACCUUAAAUUCAACACAUAGGAUUAUCAAAGGUUCUUUUUAUAAUGAUUCAGUCAGGGAAUUGAAAUUCUCUGUUCCUCUGAUUAUUAACCAAAAGAUGCCGUUGAAUGUUCAAGUCCUGAACACGAUUGUCACUCCGACGCUAUUUGUAACAACACUGAAGGCUCCUAUGUCUGUCGCUGUUUAAAAGGGUUUACUGGCGACGGUAAAGACUGAACUGAACUGGUUGGUUAUGAUAUAAAUAUUACUGUGUUAUUAAAUUUUAAAAAGAAAGCACCACAUGAAGAUCUUCUGACAGAGGCCAAAGGAGUUUUCUAUCCGGCGACUUGAAAAAAAAAAUUGGAACGAUUGAACAUGCCUUAUUUUUAUCUUGAUUUAUCAUGUUUCUUUGAUGUGCUUAUCAUUAGAAUACACUGUUUGGAAAAGAUUAAGAACUUAUUAAUUUGACGAAAGACUAAGCUAGUUAAAUCAGUCUACCAAUCGUUCAUUUACCCACGUACCGUCUGGCGAGCUGGAAAGCUCGAUCAAAAUACAUACGUUUCCAAUGAAAUAUAUAGUUACGCCACCCUUUCAAGAUAUAACUUGCAGAUACUGACAAGUGUGCAAGCUCUGAAUCUAAUGAAUGUGAUUGCCCAUCAGAUUAUGUACUGAAAUUUUUUUUUGUUUUGUCCAUUCACAUAAAAGCAUCAAGUUUUAAUUUUUUGUAUUUACCGUUACAGGAUACGAUGAAUGCGAGAAAUCUGAAACAAACAUUUGCCAUUUGAACGCCCGAUGUAUUGAUACGGAGAGCUCUUACGUUUGCCGCUGUUUAAGAGGUUAUACGGGAGAUGGCACGAAUUGUACAGGUACAAUGCAAAUCACUGGCUCAGUGUUAUUUAUGCUGAUAUGUAAUGUAUAGGGGAACUGGGGGAACUGAUGCAAGUUAAUGGAGCUUGUUGAUGUAGAAAAGUAACUAUUUGCAGUGGGAUGCUUAUUACGUUUACUGGUAAGUCUAGGAGGGGGUUACCUCAAGGCGUUUAAAACUGUUUGCCAAACAUGAGACAUUCUCUGAUCAGUUUAAGCUACGAUGUAGUUUUAGGUUAUCGUAAUAUAACAUAAAAAUUAAAGUAAUCUUCGCUGGUGAUGUUGUAGAUGUUGAUGAAUGUGCGAAUGUUGAAACCAACGAGUGUGACUCCAACGCUCUGUGUACGAACACUGAAGGAUCCUACGUCUGUCGCUGCUUCAAAGGAUAUGAAGGGGACGGCAGGAAUUGCACAGGUACUGGUAACAAAUUCAGUUGUUUUUAA